AUGCUGCCGCGGGCCGCCGCAGCAGCAGCACGAGCAGCAGCAAUGCGCGUUGCUGCUGCUGCUGCAGCAACGGCGACUGCUGCUGCUGCAGCAACUUCAAGUCCUCCUGCAGCCCAGCCCUUCUUCUCCAGGUCCAUUAGUGCAGCAGCAACAAUUGCGCGCGGCCUGACUCGGCAGCAGGCAGCUGCGGCAGCAGCAGCUGCCGCUGCUGCAGCUCCUGCUGCUGCUGCUGCAGCAGGUUCCUUCGCUGCUGCGAGGGCACCAUUCUACUGCCCCAGCAGCAGCAGCAAAAGCACCGUCGAUCCCAGCUGCUGCACCAGUAAUGAUUGCAGCAGCACCAGCAGCCGCACCAGCAGCAGCAGCAGCAGCAGCAGCAGCGGCCCCAGCGGCUGGGCGCCGCACAAGCUGUGGCGCCAGCGCAUCGAAGCGAGCAGAUGCAGCAGCAGCAGCAGCAGCAGCAGCGCUCUGCACAGUUUCCCGUCCACCCCGUUCUUUCUUAGUCCAUUUUGUCUACAGCAGCAGCGGCUGCUGCUGCAGCAGCAGCAGCUGCUGCAGCAGCAACGAGCAGCCUCCUUUGCGUCAGACCCCUUCUCUAAGCCCUCUUUCUCAAUGGUGGAUUUCAGCAAGCCUUUUGCUGCUGCUGCUGCUGCAGCGCCGCAGCAGCAGCAGCAGCAAGCGUCAGCAGCAGCAGGAUCGCCGGGAGCGGUGCAGCAGGAAGAGCUGCAGCAGCUGCAGCAGGCGCAGCGGCUGCGGCCAAAUGAUAUGGCGCUGCUGCAGCGGCUAGCAGCAGCACUAAUUUCAGCAGGAAGGGCCUCAGAAGCAGUGUCGUUGGUUGCUGCUGCUGCUGCUGCUGCUGCUCCUGUGCCGGACCACCUCGUGCUCCAGUGUCUCCAGGCAGCAGCAGCAGCAGACGCAGGCAGCAGCCGCAGCAGCAGUGCGGACCUGCACCAGUUGCUGCAGCUGCUGCUGCAGCAGCGCAAGCCAGGGAAUGAUGACAACAUUGUGGCAGCAGCAGCAGCUGCUGCUGCUGCUGCUGUUACAGCAGCAGCAAGAGUGUCUCCUGCUGCGCAGAGCACCGCAGCGGGGGGGGCAGCGCAGCAGCAGCAGCAGCAGCAGCAGCAGAAGCAGCAGCAAGGAUCUUACCGUCUUCUGCACGGCGUCUGGAGCCUGCUGAAGGGUUUCAUCCACGGCAGCUACCGGCUGCUGCUGUCUCCCUUCGUCGGCGUGCUGCUGCUGGUUGGCUGCUUGUCCGAGCUGCUGCGUCUUGCUGCUGCUGCACUAAAGGGCGAGGGUUUAGGAGCAGCAGCAGGCAGCAGCAAAUGGAUUGAAGACAGAAUUGUCUCCCCCGAAGACAUCAAAGACUCCUUCGACAGCGUGAAGGGCUACGAAGAAGUGAAGAAAGAAGUGCGGGAGAUAAUUGA